AUGAUCGGGGCUGGUGCCGACCUCGAGGUCAUGACAUCUCAAGGCUCCACACCGCUUCACAAGGACGCAUUAGAAGGGAGAUCUGAAGUGGUGGGAGUGAUGAUCAGGGCACUCGCGAAUCCCAACAGUCGGAUGUUAUGCGGAGCGGCACCGUUGCACAUCGCGGCUCAGUUCGGACCCGCGAACGCGACGGGGGAGCUGCUUCGUGGGAAGGCGAACCCGUUCUUGACCAAAAAAGGGAAUUCAUCAUCGGGGGAUACUGCCAUCCCAAUGGACGUAGCCGUCCAAAAUGGGCACUCGGACGUGGUGCGCAAGCUAGUCCAGUGGAGAGGUUGUGGUGUCGCAAAUGCCGGCAGUCAAGCUUGUCAAGCGCUCUUUUUUGCUGCGUCGGAACAACACCUGGUCAUCAUGGCCAUUCUGACUGGAGCAGGCGUGGUGGACUGGGUGGGCCUAUCUCUCUUGGGUGCCGCCGAAAGUGCCCUUGAGGCAUCCGUCAAGUUUCUCUUGCGGCAACGGUACCACGAGAGCACACGGAGCGUUGAAUACUCGUACGUCAACGCCAGCGACACUGACGGCUGGACGCCCCUGGCUCAUAGUAUUCAGCGGUGCUGUUCGCACGCCGCCAGGAUCAUACGUUUGCUAUUUGACGCGGGAGCAGAUGUGGCAUCGGCUGUUCGAGUCACAAAUUCGAAUGGACAACAGGAAUACUCCGGGACGCCUCUGGCUGUCGUGACGUCGUGCAUCCGUGAGAAGGUUUUAGCGAACGGCACGCCCGCUACGGAGGAGCACCUGUACAUGCUGGAGGCCAUCGGUCGCCUGCUGCUGUUGGAAAUCGAGGGUGUCUUGGAUGUGGGCAAGCGACGCUCCCCUCAUCGGCCAUGCUGGACCACCGCUGAUGCUUAUGUUGCCGACCCUGCAGCUACGGAAACAGCGACGUGGCGUGCUUGCGGCAGCGAUCUUGAGGUGGGGAGGGCGACAGCUGGCCUCGACUGCACGCCGACAAGCCCAGGAACGAUUGGCCAUCGGUGAUCGGUCCUGUGGGAACAAUGCUCCGUCCCCUCGAGGACGCGUGGUCAAUGGUCUAACCGCUAAGGCAUGCAAAACAUAAGAGUACGCC